AAAAAUUCAGACGUGAAGCCUUAUCGUAAACUAGGCCAUCCGGGAAACAGCCAGCUGGGUAGCUGUCUAGGAUAUACGUCAUGUCGUAACCUUCCGGAUCGCAUUCUUAUUCCCAGUGGCGAUGUAAAAUGUAAUAGGCGGCUUUGUACCGACCCAUUCACAUCAGUUCUACUAAGUCGAACCAAAAGUUGACUUCACAGUAAUUGAAGACAAUUCCCUCUUGUAACUUCCAGAUCGACUCAUCUCAUCGCGAACAAAUCCAUUUCAUUAUCACUGUCCCAACCAGGAUGACAAUGACGGCCAUUAAGCAGAUGUUUGCCGGGUCCUGGGGCCGAGGAGCUACUCCAUGGCAAAGUGAAGACGAAGUAGAGUCUUCGGAGGCAUUGCUUGAAGAGGAUACCAAACAUUACGCUCCCGCCUCAUCGGGAGGACAAGGACGUAAUAGAAUAUGGUGGAUUUUUCCCCUUCUUAACUCUAUAUUAUUUGCAGCGGCUGUGGUUCUGUAUUCUGCCACUUGGAUGAAAUAUACCGGGCACAACAGGUGCCUAAAAGCCACCUCCACGUACUCCCCUAUACUCGAAGAAGUCGAUAUGCCAAUGACCAACGCAUUACUAAAUGGAAGUCUCUGGUUAGGGGAGAAUCCACCCAUCUGGAGAGCCAUACCCGAUUCUGACGAGGUCGAAGAAAUUUGGGAGAAUUUCGAGUAUGUGAGACCAAUUGCCUUAAGAAGAGACCAGAUAUUGGCAAUGGGCAAGGAUCCCGACACUGUAGCGAAGUUCAACAAUGAUUAUUGGGGACUUGGUGACGACGCAUACGUUGGAGCACUUGACCUUUUUCACCAAGUCCAUUGUCUCAACGUGCUGCGGCAUGAAGCUUUCAGGUACCAUGAUCGAGAGGGUGAGACGGUACCGAAGUGGAACAGCAUCCAUUGGAUUCAUAUACAACAUUGUGUUGGUAUGAUGAUGGAGCAUAUGCUCUGUAAUGCCGACGCCGGGUUUUUGACAUACAAUUGGAUGGAGCAUGAGAAAUAUCCAUUUCCAGAUAUGAGUGUUCAGAAGCAAUGCAGAGACUGGCGCCAAUUGGUUGAAUACCGCGAUGCGCAUGGUGUGAACGAGACUCUAUAUGUGAAUUGGAAGAAGCCUGAGGGGAUAACCCAGCUCAAACAGCCUCAAGACUGGUGGGAACAUCGUGGUGAGCAUGAUAAGGCGCACUACUCCAAUGGGACUGUAAUUGAGAAUUGA